AUUAUUUACUGUUCAUUUGUAUAUAAAAAUUCAUUGUUUUGAAAUGGCUUUAAAACCACCGGUAACGUUGGAGGCUGCGAUACAAAGACGUCGCUCCAGUGCCCUCAUUCCUCCAAGGCGGGAAGACUUAGAGAUUAAGGCGAACUGUCCUGUCUUGUACCUCAGCAAACGCAAUCCACAAUGUAGGAUAGUAUGGCUGUAUCUUUUACAGAAUAAUAUAACACACGAGAUAGUUGAUGUUGAUGACGGAGCAGCUGAAACAACAGCAUCUCUGCAUUCCUGCAAUCCCCAUGGCUCAACCCCAACAUUGUCUGACGGCGAUGUUGUAGUCUUUGAAAACCCUGCAGUGUUGUACUAUCUAUCAGAGAGGUACACCAAUGGUCAUGGUAUGGGAGCCAAUAACAAGGUGAAAUAUAAGGCGGAGUCGAUAAUGAACUGGGCUGCUGCAUCACUUUACAGGAGUGUGAUCACCAAUUACGUUAACCCUAAAGUAGCUCGCCAGGAAUUUGAAGAUUUGUUGACCAAUAAGGAGCUUUCUCACCUGGCUAAGACGGAAGUACGUGAGCAUCUCAAUGCCAUGGAGACGCAGUAUCUACAGAACCAUAAAUACAUCACAGGAAAUGAGCCAUUGUUUGUAGACCACUACGUUGCAAUGAUUGUAACAAUGUUGGACUUGGUCAGCUAUGACUUUAAACAAUUCCCUAAAGUUAAGGCCUGGUUACAAAAUGUGAAACUUCUUGAUAAGCAACAUUGGGAGCUAGUUAAUGAAACACAUAACUUACAAGUAAUACAACGGGGAAGUAGACGAGCUAGUUACCUCUAAGGAUUGUAUAUUUUGAGUAUAUAUGUAUCUCAAAAGCAAUCAAACAAGUAUAACAAACAACCCUCAUAAGUAAUCUGAAGGAGGAACAUGGGGAAUUUUGAAGGAUAUACUGAAAGUACCUUGAGGAAAUGAAUAACCAGUUUAGGCAAGCUAAUAUGAAAAAGCAAGCCUUGGCUUAAGAGUAAGCUGUGUUAAAGAGUUUGGCAGGAGGGAACCAAGUUAUCUUUAUGAGGGCAAGAUACCUGAAGGAGACGAGCUGGUUGUAUUAUAAUUGUAAAUUGAGAGCUGACAGCUGUGAACACCAGAU